GUUUUUUUUGGCUCCACGAAAAGCAAUAGUUUUUUGCCUCUCCCUUCUCUCUCUCUCUCCACACAAAUACAGACCAACUCACAAUAUUAUACAUUUUGCUACUGUGUUUACACCAGAAAAAUGGCUUCAAGCCAAUCAUCAGUACAUGAAGAAAGUGAGAAAGAGUGUUUCUGUGGACUAAAAUGCAAAGUGAAGACAUCAUGGACAGAAAACAACCCAGAAAGAAGAUUUUAUAGUUUUCCCAACUACAAGACAGUGGGAAAGUCAUCUUGCAAAUAUUUUGACUGGUAUGAACCAAAGAUGACAGACAGGGAAAGAAAUAUCAUAGUUGGUUUCAUGCGCAAGACGACAAAGCUUGAGAACGAGAUUAAAUACGUAAGAGGGAAGGAGAAGUAA